AAAAAAAGAAAAAAAAAAAGGCCACCUUGUUUUAGCAAUGUCAUUCAGCAUAUUGUCGAUAAAUAAAAGGAACAUUACACUACUCCUAAUUUCACUCCCAAGAAAGUAAGACCAUUUUCCAGUAAUCAAUAUAUCGAUAGUCGUUUUCAAAGAUCAUCCACUGCUAAAAAAAAAAUCUUAACUUUGUUAGGAAAGCUUGUUCUUGUGAACAUACUCAGUUGAGAAUGGAUACAAAUAUACUUGACUAUUUCUGAUUUACCCAAAUAGAAGUCACAUAAACGGAAGAACAUCCUAAACUAAUGAAACAUUUAGAUGUGUGUUGGGGGGAGUUGCAGAAAAUCAUCAAACGCACAGAGCAAUUAUUACAAGAAAAAUAUGAAGAAAAAUCUCGAUGCACAGGAAUAAAAAGCAGACAAAAAUGAAAAACAAGAUGAGGAAAAAUCGCCAGAUACCUGGUAGGGGGGACAAGAUGAAAUCUGAGAAGAAAUGAAUUCAAUAACCAGAGAAAAGAACCUUUUCAAUAUAUAAUCCAGCAAAGGUUUCCCGAAGCUUCUUUUUGGCGAAUUUCUAGAAACACGCGACAUACAAUAUGAGCUCCCGCGACUUUAGGCAAAAGAUGAGAAAACGUUCUUCAGGGUCAGAUGUGCAAUUACGGCAAAUAACCGGGAUGUAAACGUAAAGUUUGCAUUUUUAUCUUCACGUUCCUCGAUUAGCUAUGGCUUUUACUCUCCUCGCCAGUAACACGACCCACUAUACCCCUUCUCCAGGUAACGAAUGCAAGUACGCCGGCCAAUCAGUGAGGGCGCUUCCAAUUCGACUUCUGACUGUGGGAAAGCAGAGGUCUACAGGGGUUCAGCUCAUAGUCGAUGAGUAUGUCAAUAAGCUCAAGCUUUAUUGUCCCGUUGAAGAUAUUCGACUAAAGUCGAACCCAAGAAAUGCUCGGUGUGUAUCUGAAACUGGUUAUGUCAAAUUUAUUCUAAGUCAUGAGAAUGUAGAAUGUAGAAUAAUGCAUGAUAGCAUUUUUACGACUUGUGCUUUUCUGAAAGAUGAUGCAUGGAAUUUGAUGGAUUACAGGAUGAACUCUGAUCGCACUAAUGAUGGCUUGUGGUGUGCUGAGGCUGUUCGAAGGGAUGUGAUGGCUCGUAUCGAACACGAAGAUACGGCUGUGAUGAGCCUUAUCAAGCAAAAUGAAUGGGUUGUGAUGCUGGACGAGCGCGGAGUCGGUAUUAAUUCUGAGCAAAUGGCUUCAUUAAUUGGGGAUGCUGGGAACACAGCAAUAAGAAAUGCUCAAACCAUGAAGAAUGUGAACAACGUACUAAGUAACGGAGCUUCAAGCAUAUUGUUUUGUAUUGGUGGAGCUUAUGGCCAUGGAAAACAAUUGAGACAAAGAGCUGAUGUUUCAAUUCGGUUGUCGUCUUUGGUCUUGAACCAUGAAGUUGCCCUGGUUGUGUUGUCUGAGCAGCUCUACAGAGCUUGGACCAUCCUAAAAGGCCAGAAGUAUCACCACUAGCAAACUCAAAUUUGUGGCUUUUCAAUCUUCAAGAAAGUUUAAUUAUUAAUUAUUUCAAAUAACAUUAAUUUUGGGUGAAGAAUAGAACUUGUGUCAAGUGUUGUGCAAAUAUCCAGUGUAUCUAAGAUUCAUUUUAGAUUUUCUAAUAUGCACAAGUAAAAGCUUGCCCGUGAAAUAUAUUACAAGGCUUAAGAGUGCAUCUGACAUGUUUGGCAUGUGGUACAUGUGUCUUUCUGUUCUGUCCCGGUUUGGCAUUUUUAAAAAUUUUGGAUUUACAC